AUGGCGGCUUCGCGGUUAAGUUUGUGUGCCCGCAGCCUUUUGUGGCUCCAGGCUACCCACGUUUGCUGGAAACCGAGCUCCUCCUCUAGGGCUGUGGUCGCCCGGUCCUCUGUGGCACGAAAGAAGAAACAGAGAGAACCUACCCAGCGAUGGAUGGAGGACCCAGAGCCCGAGGAUGAAAACGUCUACUCGAAGAACCCAUACUUCCAUGGUUACGACGAGGACCCCGUGGUGGACCACUGGAAUAUGCACGCCGUCUUCUUCUUUGGUUUUUCCAUCGUCCUGGUCUUCGGCACCACUUUUGUGGCUUAUGUGCCCAACUACGGGAUGGUCGAGUGGGCCCGCCGGGAAGCUGAGAUGCUCGUGAAACACCGAGAAGCCAACGGCCUCCCUCUCAUGGAAUCCAACCGGUUUGACCCCAGCAAGAUCCAACUACCAGGGGAUGACUGA